AUGAGUCAAGAAGAAACGACAACAACUACAGCUGGUAGUCAAGAGAAAAUAGCUUUAUCUAGAACUACUACAAGUGAAGGAAAAAAUAUAAGUUUUAAAAUUGAUAAACCCGAAGGUUCUCCUAAUGGCGGAACAAGAGACAUAAAAUCCACCACAGAAUCAUCAGGAUUUGAUCGUUCAGCAAAUAAUAAUGAUUUAGAAUUAUCAACUUAUGAAACUCAUAGUAUCGAAGAAAAUGUUGAACCUUGGAGACAACCUGGUCCUUGGUAUAAUGAUAUUUCUAAAAGAAGAUGGUUCGCUUUUGGUUUAAUUGCGCUUUUGAUAAUCCUUAUCAUUAUUGUUG